ACAGACCAACAGCCUUGCUCGAGUAUGAGGAGGAUCCCAGGCUCAGUGUCAGCCAGCCAUGGGCCAGGAUUAUUACUCUGUGCUCCAGAUCACUCGCAACUCAGAGGAUGCCCAGAUCAAGAAGGCGUACCGGAAGCUGGCUCUGAAGAACCACCCGUUGAAAUCCAGUGAGCCGUCCGCAGCGGAAACCUUCAGGCAGAUAGCCGAGGCCUACGACGUGCUGAGCGACCCUGUGAAGAGAGGCAUCUAUGACAAGUUUGGAGAGGAGGGCCUGAAGGGCGGAGUUCCCCUGGAGUUUGGAUCCCAGACCCCGUGGACAACUGGUUACGUCUUCCACGGCAAUCCUACCAAGGUUUUUCAUGAGUUCUUUGGUGGAGACAACCCCUUCAGUGAGUUUUUUGACACAGAUGGAAAUGAGGUGGAUUUGAACUUUGGAGGGCUCCGGGGCCGAGGGGUUAAGAAGCAGGAACCCCCAAUUGAACGAGAUCUGUAUUUAUCACUGGAAGACUUAUUCUUUGGCUGCACCAAAAAAAUUAAGAUUUCUCGGCGGGUGCUGAAUGAGGACAGGUACUCGUCCACCAUCAAGGACAAGAUCCUGACAAUCGACGUGCGGCCUGGCUGGAGGCAGGGUACACGCAUUACCUUUGAGAAGGAAGGGGACCAGGGCCCCAACGUCACCCCAGCCGACAUCAUCUUCAUUGUGAAGGAGAAACUGCACCCUCGCUUCCGCCGGGAGAACGAUAACCUCAUCUUUGUGAACCCCAUCCCUUUGGGCAAGGCACUCACCUGCUGCACCGUGGAGGUGAAGACAUUAGAUGACCGACUGCUCAACAUCCCUAUCAAUGACAUCAUCCAUCCCAAGUACUUUAAGAAGGUGCCGGGCGAGGGCAUGCCUUUACCUGAGGACCCUGAGCAAAAGGGAGAUCUCUUCAUCUUUUUCGACAUCCAGUUUCCCACCCACCUCACACCACAGAAGAAGCGGAUGCUGCGUCAGGCCCUGCUGACCUAGCUCCACAGGCUGGGGCCAGGGGCUUGGAUGAGGCCAGCUGGGCCUGAAUGAGCCCUGCUCCCACAGCCACACUAUGCUCAGCUGUGAUGCGAGUGGGGACUCACAUCAACAUAAUAAAGAUUUAUUUUCUAUCCCGU